UAAUCCUGUGUCGGCGGCGCUGCUGGCGCUGCUGCUUAUGCCUCCAUGGCUGCUUCUUACAACGACGACGACGACAGCAUUUACCUCCAGGAAUCUGACGAGGAGCCCUUUGAGUACGACGACGACGACGACGACGAUGACGCUGGUGAGAGCGAGUUCCUCAGGCACGACUCUGUUGGCGACUGUGAUCCUGGUUCUGCUGCCAAUCCCACCCCAUCUCCAGCUGCCACUGGUCCUUCAAAGAGUCUAAGCGCCUAUCCUGCCAACAAUCCAAUUGAUCCAAUCGACUUCCAGGUCGACAUCUUGAUCAAGGCCAACCAGGACACAGACUCCUCUCUCAACUACAUCGACCAUACUGGCUACAAAUCCUUCACUCUAAACUCCUUCAUCUACACUGUUCUCUUCAACGCAAUCGACGACAUCAAAAGCAUACUCAACAUCCCCUUCAACCAGGCCCUACUCUUGCUAGUCUAUUUCAAUUGGAACACAGACUCUCUCCUAGAUAAUUACUACAAUCUUGACAUCAUCAAAAACAGAUCCUUCAUCUUAAAUCUCAGGCUAAACUUUACUUCACUUCACAACAACAAAAUAUCACUCCUAAAAGAUUCAAAAUUCUGCUCCAUUUGCUGCAAUUAUCAAUCGAAAUUCUACUUUUUACCAUGUAACCACAACUACUUUUGCAUAAAUUGUCUCAGAAAAUACAUCAAAAAUAAAAUCCUAGACAACCUAUUCAUAAUAAACUGCCCUGAACUAAACUGCCCCUACUUAUUUAAACUAUCUGAUCUUAAUAACCUAUUUCUCAUCUCAAAAGCAAAGAAACCAAUCACCCUACUAUAUCUACAAAAAAUAGCUAAAUCUUACAUCCAACUUAAAAAGGACUACUCCUACUGUCCAGCCCCAGACUGCAAUUCUGUCAUCCAAAACAUAAACCCAAAUCUCACUCACGAUCACUCCCUAUUCUCCUUCUCUUCUGCUUUACUCAGCUCAAUUGACUCAAAAACUAUCCAAAACUUAAACAUAGACCUUCCCAUCUUCACCUGCUACAACAACCACAACUACUGUUUCAAUUGCCGUCUAGAAUCUCACUUUCCUUGCCCUUGCUACAUAUCAAAACUAUGGGUAAACAAAUGCAAAGACGACUCUGAAACUGCAAACUGGAUCAAUGUCAACACAAAAGAGUGCCCCAAAUGUAUCUCCUCCAUAGAAAAAAAUGGCGGCUGUAAUCACAUGACUUGCUACAAAUGCUUCCACCAAUUCUGUUGGAUAUGUCUAGGCCCCUGGGCUUCCCAUGGAAGCUCCUACUACCAAUGCAACCGUUACAAUGAAGAUGAUUCGAAAGGUGCAAGAGACAAGAAAGAAAUUUCAAAAAAAUUAUUGAAAAAAUAUAUCCACUUUUUUGACCGUUUUCAAACUCAUGAAAUUUCCAUAAAACAAGAUUUCAAAAUCUUUAAAACAAUGGAAAAAACUAUAAACAACUUGCAAAUUAAAACUGGCAAUUCCUACAUCGAUUUCGACUUUCUAAAGGAUUCAAUCCAAAUUUUAAUUCAAGCAAGAAAUGUCCUAAAAUGGUCCUAUUGUUUAUCUUAUUACCUAACCCCAGAAUCAAAUGGCUUUUUAAUUUACGAACAAAAUCAAUCCGUUUUCAUGAACUCAAUUGAAGACUUGAGCAAGCUAUUUGAAAUUAAAGAGUAUAAACAAAUUUUAAAACGAAAAUCAAACUUUAUCGAAAACACCCGUUUUGUAUCUGAUCGUCAAAAGAAAUUAAUCGAAGUCGUUCAAGAUGGUUUAAAAACAAACUUUUUAUCUUUCAAAGAUAUCAAUACACCUUCAGGUGAUUCAUCAAAUACAAAAACUAAAACUAAAGCUUAA